AUGAUUAGUAAAGUGUCAAAGAGAGAGUGGUUGAAACAGCAGAAAGGCCAGUUGAACAGCUACAAGCGUGGAGACAGCCUGCGCAGCAGACCCAAAGUGAGCUACACAGAGGAAGAGGAGCCCAAAGAUGAAGAUUACCUCUACUGUGAUGACUGUGAGUCUUUCUACAUUGAUGAGUGUGGGGUCCAUGGCCCCCCUAACUUCAUCCCCGACACCCCAGCUCCUGUAGGGGUCCCAGACCGAGCCAGACUCACCCUGCCACCUGGACUGGUGGUCAGAAAGUCCAACAUUCCAAACGCAGGUCUGGGGGUGUUGAACCAGGGUCAGACGGUGCCCAAAAGGGCACACUUUGGCCCCUAUGAGGGAGAGGUGAUGGACAGGGACGAGGCCAUAGAGAGCGGAUACUCCUGGGUGACAUACAAGAGCCGACAUGCAGAUGAGUACAUAGACGCAAAGAGAGAAACUCACUCCAACUGGAUGAGGUAUGUGAACUGCGCUCGUGACGGUGAGGAGCAGAACCUGGUGGCGUUUCAGUACAGAGGGGGGAUUGUGUAUCGCUGCUGUAAGCCCAUCGACCCUGGAGAGGAGCUGCUGGUCUGGUAUGGAGAGGACUACGCCAGAAACCUGGGCAUCACCUUCGACUACCUGUGGGACAUCAAGAGUAGCGCCAAAGGUACAUCACAAUGUUACACCUGAAAUACUGUCUGUUCAAAGGUAGCAGCAACCAUCUCCGCUUCACCUGCUUUGAACUAAAUCUGCCAUCUAGGCCAACCUCAUCUAGU